GGACAGUCUUUUUCGAAUUUUGAUUUAUUUUUUUUCUUUUUUUUUAUUAGGGAACUGUUCAAUUUGGGAUCUGUCCGAUCCUUCCCACCUGUCUACUGCCUACCUGUUCUUUCCCUCCAAGUCCGAAUAUUGGGCCAGUCUAUCUGAUUGGCCCAUAGGUGACUCUUCAGAGCAGUGCAUGCCACGACUCACUCGAUCACAGACCAAGACCAUGGACCGGAAGGAGGGAGAAUCCCUCCUCGCCUAUGAGGAACGCCUGACUGCUUUCAUCCAGGAGGCCAAUGACAGGGCUGCCGCYGCGGCCAAGGAACGUGGUCRGAUUGAGCAAGAAGAGGAGGCCAAGCGACAGAAGGAMGAACAGGACCGACUUCGUCAAGAGGAGGCAGACMUGCAGGCGACAGCCGAACACCGGUCACACCAGCGGGAACGACUGUUCACGCGGGAGACCGUGAUCGGCGAUGAGGCCGCACAUUGGGUGCAAGUGGCAUCUGCAGACGAGGCCUCGGAGACUGAGAAAGGGUUGUCAGCCCUUGCGCAGGUCUCCCACGACCUUGUGGCCACCUGCGUUCUGCAGCAGGAGGAAAUCCUUCACCUGCAGCAAACCGUGGACCAGAUGCUCGCACGACUGAAGGCGUUGGAAAAACAGCCAGCUGCUGUAGCAGCCGCAGGGCCUUCAAACCUUGCCACCAGUGUUCAAGUUUUGGAGGACGACGUCAGCAAUAUCAAGCGUGUGCAUCAGGACUUCAGGACGUCGCAGCAAGCAACGGACUUGCAGUUAGAGAUGCAGGUCCAGGCUGCUGCCACCGUGACGCCCGCCGCCGCAUCCUCCAGCCGCCCACCCAAGCUAGAUGACAUUCCAGUUUUCUGCGACCAGUCCAAGACGGAACCGAUCCCGUGGUGGCGCCAGUUUACUCUCCGGCUCGACAUGCUCCAUGUCCCGAACAACAAUCGACAUCUGUGCUUGUACCACCGAUCUGGUGGUGCGUGUCAAGCAUGGUUGGACAACAUCUUGACCAGCCACGGCGUAGCAGUGUCGGAACUGCACACCAAGCUCACUUGGCAGGAGUUGACUGACGUCUGGCACAAGCGAUUCCAAGUGGAGCCGCCCGACCUGCAAGYGAUGGACAAGCUCAACAAGCUCCAUCAGAACACGCUGCUCAGUCAGGACUGGAUUACCGAGUUCCAAAGACUCGCCUCCACACCUGACCUGCCGCUCGCAUUCCACACCAUCAAGCACUUGUUUAUCAUGCGUUCGUGUCCAGCUCUGCAAAACGCGCUGACGCAGAUUGCAGAGAUGCUCGACACAUCUGACAAGCUUUUCAGCACAGCGUCACGGAUCAUUCUCACGAAUAUCGAAGCCCGCAACGCCGGCCGAUCUUCCGCGACGACGAGCGGCACCCAGCCCAAGCCAAAGGUGGCUUGCAUUACUUCUACCGAGGCUGCAACACCAAACGAGGGUGAAGUGUUGGCAGCUGCCCGGGAUGGUGGCCGGCCGCGCAACAACUACGGCCGCGACAAGACGAAGACUCAAUCCACCUCUACACCAAGCACUGGAUCAGCCGCCGACGAACCUUGGGCACAAUACGGACUCUCGGCGAAUUCUUAUCACACGAGACUCAAGUACCGUUACUGCCUUUGGUGCAACAGCACCAUCCACGAUGCUGCACAUUGCCCCACCAAGGGGAAACCCCGUCAGGGAAAUUCUCGGAUGUUUUUUGAGACACCCUCCGGUAUAUUGCCAAACCGGCCAAUCUCUCACGAGAUCAUACUUGAGGCCGGCGCCGUGCCACCGAAAGGAUGCAUUUAUCGCAUGUUCGAGGAGGAGCUCACGGUUCUCCGUGCGCAACUCGACGAUCUACUUGACAAGGGUUGGAUCCGCCCUAGCAGCUCACCUUACGGUGCGCCCGUUCUCUUCGUUCGGAAGAAGAACAAGGACCUUCGACUUUGCAUUGAAUACCGACGCCUCAACGCGCAAACCAUCGAGAACGCUGGGCCUCUACCUCGCAUUGACGAUUUGCUAGAGCGGUUGGGCGGCGCCAAGUACUUUUCCAAGUUGGACCUCAAGUCGGGCUACCAUCAGAUUUCCAUCCGCCCGCAAGAUCGGUACAAAACCGCGUUUAAGACGCGAUAUGGGCAUUUUGAGUGGGUAGUUAUGCCUUUUGGCCUCACCAAUGCCCCGGCCACCUUUCAGGUGGCCAUGACCACCGAGUUUCGCGCUAUAUUGGACCGCUUCGUCUUGGUCCACUUAGACGACAUCCUCGUCUAUAGCCGAACUCUAGAGGAGCAUCUCGAGCACCUUCGCCGUGUUCUAGAGACUCUUCGGUCAUUCCGGUACAAAGCUAACCGCGACAAAUGCGAGUUUGUCCGGCAAGAGUUUGAAUACUUGGGUCAUUUUGUCUCUCCGAAAGGCAUUCGUCCGUUGGCGGACAAGAUUCAAGCCAUCCAGGAGUGGCCCGAGCCGAAGAAUGUGACGGAUGUCCGAUCCUUCCUCGGUUUGGCCGGUUAUUAUCAGCGUUUCAUCAAGAGUUACUCGAAGAUCGUGGCCAACCUAAGCAAUGUCAUUGCCCGAUGGAUGGCUUUCAUCGACCAGCUUGACUUUUUCCCCGAUCACAUUCCCGGGAAGUCAAACCGUUUUGCGGACGCCCUCUCACGGCGACCGGAUCUUUGCACCGCAGUCUACUCUACCUUCGAGAUCGAAGACGACUUGCGGGAGAGCUUCAUCCGCGGCUAUCAAGCCGACCCCCACUUUCACGACAAGUACGCGAAUUGCUCCUCUCCGAAUCCGGUGCCUUCGCAUUAUCGGAUCCAAGAGGGCUACUUACUUGUGCAUUCACGGGGUAAGGAUCUUCUUUGUGUGCCGAAUGAUUCACACUUGGGCACACGGCUUCUUGGCGAGUUUCACGAUGCGCCCGCCUCCGGACACUUUGGUGUCAACCGUACACUUGGCCGACUUCGCCAGCGGUUUUAUUGGCCCGACCUUCUCAAGGACGCCACCCGAUAUUGUGAGUCGUGCGAAGUCUGUCGGCAUUGCAAGUCACGCAACCAUCGUCCGUUUGGCGAGCUACACCCACUACCAGUUCCCCUUGGGCGACAGGAAGCGAUUCCUAUGGAUAUCACCGGCCCCUUCCCAAAGCACAAGACCGGCGUUGAUGGGAUCCUCACGGUCGUCGACCACCUCACCAAGUACACCAUGUUUUUGCCUUGCCGCUAUCACGCAAAGGCACCGGAGUUAGCCGAGGUCUUAUACACCGGUUGGAUUCGCUCCAAGGGCUACCCCAAGGAGAUCGUUUGCGACCGGGACACUCGCUUUCUCUCCGACUUUUGGGUCGCCCUCGUCAAGCGAUGGGGCUCAUCUUUGAAGCCAAGUUCAGCUCGCCACCAACAAACCGAUGGUCAAACGGAAAGGGCGCAUCAGACCGCUCAAGUCCUUCUACUCACUCUCAUCCGUCCCGACCAGGUUGAUUGGGUUGAGCGCUUGCCAGACGUUGAGUUGGCUUACAACUCAUCGAUCCAUCCGGCUAUCGGGAUGUCGCCAUUCGAGUUUGAGCAUGGUUCACCUAUCUCAUCGCCGCUGGAUGCCACUUUGCCGCGCACAGCCAAGAGCGACAACCAUCUUGCAUUCCUUCGUCGCAUGCAAGAGCUUCUUGUCAAGGCACGGGAUCAGAUGUCGAAGACACAAAUACGGAUGAGCCAUCAAGCCAACCACAAUCGCCUUCCUUGCCCGUUCAGCGCCGACGAUCUGGUUUGGGUCUUCGCCGCGGAGUUCAGCCUUGAGCAAGACAUCUCUCGCAAGCUCCUUCCCAAGUGGAUGGGGCCUUGGCGCAUUCUCUCUGCAGUUGGUGAUGAUCCCGAGGGGCCUUCAUUCCGCAUCGCGGUGCCACCUCACUUGCCCGUCCACACKGUGUUCCACUGUUCCAAACUCGCUCCUUUCGUCUCAGCGGAGUCUGACGAGUUUCCCAGUUGACGUACGCAAGACCCUCCUUCCAUGGACRGAUUUCAGGAGGCCGGCUACAUCAUCACCGACCGGCGCCAUGGAAACAAACAAACAGAGUUUCU